AUGCCGCUGAUACCCCUUCCACAACGACAAGUCGUCAUGCUAACCACCCAACCAUCUCCCCCCGUCCCCCCAGCCCAGCUAGGCCUAACCCCCACGCCCCCCCUCGACAUCCCCAUCUCCUCCUCCCUCCUCCUCCUCUUCAUCCUCGCCGCAACAACCCACAUGACAAUCUUCCAACUCAACCGCCGCCGCUCCCACAAGUUCCUCUUCUCCGCCCUCCUCUUCGGCUUCUGCAUGGCCCGCAUCGCCUCCCUCGUCAUGCGCAUCGUCUGGGCCACCCGCCCGACCAACACCGGCAUCGCCCUGGCAGCCACCAUCUUUGUCGCCGCCGGCGUCCUGCUGCUGUACAUUGUCAACCUCGUCUUUGCGCAGCGGGUCUUGAGGGCAUACAGACCCCGGAUAGGGUGGAACAAGACCCUCGGGUGGGCGUGGAAGGGAUUGUUUGGGAGUGUGGUUGCUGUUUUGGUGAUGGUUGUCACGGCUACUGUUGUCGGGAUGAUGAGUUCUGACCUUUGGGUCAGGCAAAAGACGAGGGAGGUGCAGCUUUUUGCGGGGGUGUAUAUGGCUGUGCUGGCGGUUUCACCGGUGGUGGUCGUUGCUGGGGCCGUGUUUUGGCCGGGCGGGGGCGGGAACAACAAGGUGGACAAGUUUGGGCAGGGGAAGAUGAGCAGCAAGAUUUUCUUGCUGGUGGGAUCGUCGCUUUUGUUGACGUUGGGGGCGGCGUUUAGGGCGGGGAUUGGGUUUGUGCCGAGGUUGGUAACGGAUCCGGCUUGGUAUCAUUCAAAGCCGGCGUUUUACUGCUUCAACUUUGGGAUUGAGUUGGUGGUGGUGUAUGGGUAUGCGGUGGCGAGGUUUGAUAAGAGGUUCCAUGUGCCGGAUGGGAGUUCGGGGCCGGGGGAUUAUGGGAGGGGGGCGGUGGUGGUGAAUAAGGAGGAGGAGGUUUUUGGGGGUGGGGAUUCAGAGGGCAGAGUCAUGGAGGGGAGGGGGUGAUGAAUAAUAGUCGGGGUCAGAGUCGGAGUAGGAGUCGGGGACGGGAAAUGGCGGAGGGUGGUGGUGCUGCUGGGGAAAGGCCGGAGAGUUUGGUGUUGGUGGAGGCGGUGUUGCAGAACGGGCUUAAGAAGAAGGCUGUGGUUUAACAGUCAGCAGUGGUUGUCUUUUAGGGCUGCCAAGAGGAGGUGUAUGACAUGUGGGGGGCCUGUAACAUAGACUCUCUUUUCUAUUAUUUGUUGUGGGAAUAUGCGGGGGAAGGUCUGUACACAUCUGGGAGGUGUUCUGGCUAGAUUUGCUUCGAGCGCAGCGGGUUAUUUUCAGGGAGCGUGUUUGAGCAUGUGCUUUUUAGGGUGCGCAGUCUUUCGAACAGAUACCCGGCUUGGAAAAGCUUCUCGCAAUUUGAAUUUCAACUCUUGCGCUGUUCGACGGGGCUUCUCGUCGAUGGCUACACUGACGCUCACACAACACAUGAACUGUUCGAAUGUGACUGUUGUGUAAAUGUUGUGUGUCAGUCCAUCUGCCAGG